UAUUUUGCAAUUGAAUCUGCGGUCACGUUGUAGCGCUCACUAAGAAAAAUGAAAAACAUUACUUAAAAAAUUGCAAAAUAACGUGGAGCAGGCAAACUUGGCAGCUAAUUGGAAGACAAGGUGUUAACACGGUUGGGGUGUAGGUUCCGCGGAGGUAGUUUGUUGGUGUGUGCGUUGUUAAAGUAAGCGACAAAAUGCCAGGCAAGGUGGGCGUCAAAAUAAAGGCUGCGCGCAAUCUGCCAGUGAUGGACAAAAGCAGUGAGACAACCGACGCAUUUGUGGAGAUCAAGUUGGCCAACAAAGAGCACAAAACGGAGGUGUUCAAGAAAAGUCUCAAUCCAACGUGGAACACUGAUUGGUUUCGCUUUGAGGUCGAUGACGCUGAAUUACAGGAUGAGCCGUUGCAAAUACGUCUGAUGGACUAUGAUACAUACUCGGCCAAUGAUGCCAUAGGCAAGGUCAACAUCAGCUUGAAUCCUCUGUGCCUGGAGAGCUCUAGUCAGGCGGCCCACGGUAAGGGGACCGUGCUCUCCGGUUGGAUUCCAGUAUUCGAUACCAUGCACGGUAUACGCGGUGAAAUCAAUGUCAUUGUCAAGGUGGAUCUCUUCUCCGAUGUCAACAAAUUCCGACAGAGCUCAUGUGGCAUACCAUUCUUUCACUCUCAAUGUGUGCCAUUUGGUUAUCGAGCACAAGUUAUCCAUGGAUUUGUCGAGGAGUUGGUGGUCAACGAUGAUCCCGAGUAUCAGUGGAUUGACAAAAUACGCACACCACGCGCCUCCAAUGAGGCUCGUCAGGUUGUCUUCCUCAAGCUCUCUGGUCAAGUGCAGCGCAAAAUGGGUCUUAAGGCCAUCAAUAUGGGCGCCAAUGCAGUCAUCGGUUACACACAGUGUUUUGAUCUGGAAGGCGAUGUUGGUGUUGUGGCCAGAGGCGUCGGUACAGCGGUUACACUUAUAAAGGACACGACCAGCAGUCAGCCAAACAGCGCGGAUGUUGCACUAAUCGAAGAAGUGCAGAAGUAUUUAGACUUUCUCAAUUGCACCGGGGACAGUAGUGUCAGUUUACCGUUGUCUGGUCGCUCACCCCAGUAUCGUCUCAAUAUCUAUAAACAGCCAACGGCGAGUGUUAGUCCCAGCUCAGCGGCAGCAGCAGCAGCGGCGGCGGCAACAAUGUUCUAUUUGGAAAGCGGCAGCAGUGACACAGAGGAUGCGGAUGUCAUGCAGAAUCUCUUGCGACAGGAGGAUGAGCGUGGCGAGAAAACACGAGAGAAGAAACUGCGCCAUCGUAUGCGUCGCUUAACUUCCUCCUCGAGGAAUGUUUUCAGCGAGAAAUAUGCAACACUUUUGCGUCGCAUCGAACCCAAAAUCCCAGAAAAUGCCACGCAAUCGUUGAGCAAUAUUUUCGGUGGCAGCGCAUCGAGUAGCAAGCGACGACGUCGCUCCCGCUACUCGUUGAGUAAACGGGCUUCGCCGGCCAUUGUGCGUUCCAUAAGUGAUGCCACUGGGGCUGGACCCAACAUGUGUCAGCUGGCGGUGCCCCAGUAUCAGGAGAACACACGUUCCGCACCGGAUUUGGACGUUGAUGUCUUUCAACGUAAGUCCAAUUAUUCAACCGACUCCAGCGAGUCGCUCUCAAUAAUUGAAACGCUUGCCACAGACCUUGAUCGUGUAGCGACAGCAGCCGACACAACAACCACAUCAAGUGACAGCGAUGCGCAUGACGAUGAUGAUGAUGAUAGCAAGUUGCAGGACAAUUGGAUUAAGCCGGGCGAGACACGCAGCUGUGAGAAUAGUCAAUUGGACUUGACACCCAAACGACAUACGCUGCUCGAGGAUUUAAAGGGUUUCUCACGCCGUGUGCAGAAGCUGAUGCAUUUGUCACCAGCUGCCCAUCAACCCAGUCAGACGCUGGCCAAGCGUUCGCUGUUGUUCGCCGCAGCUGCACUUCAGCCGACCAUGGAGCGCAAAUCGUAUUAUUGCUCACAGCCAGAGUUGCCCACAAUUAGUGCCGAUGAUGCUUGUUGGCCGGGAGGCAAUAUUAAUUUGAAUGCGUCCGCUUCCAUGCUGCAGCUGAAUCACUUGCCCAGCUAUGAGUCUAGCUUGCGUUUACAACGCAGUGCAUCGUUAAGUCACGUUGAAGAAAUUGAAAUCGAACUCGAAUUAGAAACUGAACAGAUCCAAAACAAAAAUGCACCCGUCUUGUGCAUUUGUCCCUCAACCCCAACGCCAACAGAAUCCGAUAUCAGCUCCCAGACACAGCGUGCCUUUGAUUUUUAUGAUCCUCCCGUUUUCAAGCUAGACCAUGUUGUAAAUAUCUCUAAUAGUACUAACCAUAGUAAUAACAAUAAUAAAUCAUCAUUGCUUGCUCCAUGCUAUUCUGUUUCGCCAUCUGCCAUUCAAAAUCCACCACGACAACGACCACUUCAACGACAACAACAACCAACCAAAUGCUCAACUAGGUCCAGCAAUGAUCUGCAGCAACAGCAAAUGCAGCAGCAGCAACAACAGUCGCCAGCUGCCCAGGCCCAAGGUGGCGUCCUCAUACCCACAACGAUUGCCACCCUUGAGAAUAAUGCGAGUGCCAAAAAAUUUGCAUCGCCAGUGGGCAGCAAUCGGUUGAAGCUCACGCCGAGUCCAUCGAAAAGCGGAAUAUCGGGUGGCGCCAAUGCGGACAGUGCAUCCACAUCGACUACAUCGACGGCCACCACAAUGGUGCCAGCCAAAGAGCUGGGCGAGAUCUGUCGUCGCUCCUCCGAUUCGGAUUUGAGUGUGACGCCAAAAGGCAACUCGAUUUGUGUGGCCAGCGAACGUUUGGCGGCAGCAACGGCGAUGAUGCGCCUAACGACACCCACUGUGGGCAAUAAGGCAACCGAUAGUCUGGACAUGCUAGAAUAUCCAUUCUUAACCAUGACCAAAUAUCCAACUGGGUUUAUACUGCAUCUGGGUGCUACUGUGGCUGCCCGUUCAGUCAAACUUCUGGAGCGAGUGCCAAAUCCCGAUGAGCCCGAGGUGCGCGAUAGCUGGUGGACCGAGCUGCGUAUGGAAAUUCGCUCGCAUGCAAGAUCAUUGGGCUGUAAUGUGGUGCUGGGGUACGCCGAGUCCACAACCAUAUCUGAUGAUGUUUGCGUCUUGUCUGCUACGGGCACCGCAGCUGUUAUCAACAUGGUCUUUAAUCGUUCAGUGUCGCAAACUGACAUCUUUGCCAUAUCGAAACAAAGCAAUACUGUGGCUGCCAUGUCAAAUUCGCUGGAGGAACGUGAACCAAACGGCAGCAUAGGUGAUGCGGCAACCUCUGGCAAAGACAACGGAUCCCUGGGCACAUCGAAUGGUUCGGCAGGCAAACGCUACGGCUUGCCGCCUCCGAAUGCGCCACGCAACACUUGUGCGGUGUGUCAUGUGCCCUAUAAUCUUAACUCGGUGCCAUUCAAUGUGAAGAUGAAGAAGUGUGCUAUCUGCCGAAAGGGUCGAGUGCCUGACGUGCUAUUGGCCACACUGGAAGUGCCGGAAUACGUGCAAGUCAGCGGACGCGGUUGUUUUAUGCAAGCACAGGUGGUGCGCGCUAAAAGGGAUUUGCGUGCCGAACUCAAUGCCAAAGAAAUAUCCGAUGGGCUUCCGUUCUUGGAGUACGAGCUGCAUCGUGUGCUCAUAAAUAAGUUGAAGGCCAAGGGCAUGAAUGCCAUAUUUGGACUGCGCACCCAAGUGGCAAUUGGAGAACGCAUGAUAGCAUUAAUAGCCACAGGCACAGCGCUGUUUUUAAGUGCACUGCCUGUGCCACAGGUGCCCAAAAUUGUGGCCGGCAAUUCGUGGACAGACAAGCAAAAACUCAAUGAGCUACAGAAGAAACUGCAGGAGACAUUUGAGCGCAAUCAGGAAAUAUAUCAGUUGAAGAGCAUGGAUCCCGAUUUGGCCAGCUCGAGUGGUGCUGCGGGCGAUAAGCAAUCAGAUACGGAUGACUCGGAUGAUGAGGAAAUGAAUGAAAUUGAUUUGAAUUGCGGCAAUAAAGAGUUGUGUGUGCUAGAGGUGGAUGAUAUUGAGGAUCUGGAGAUUAUAUCGCUGCUGAUGGAGCCGUAUCCGCCUGAGGGCUUCCAUGUGGUCAACACACAACAGGUGCCGGGCAUGCUCGACUUGGAUGCGGUGAAGAAUCUACAGAUGUUCACGCAAGUCUGGCGUGCACGCCUUGAAGUUGGACAAAAUGUAAAUGGUUUUCCCAAGCACUUUCAGCGGCUGCUGCAAACUAUUUAUUUCAAGCUGCGCACCAUGAUACCUUGUGCCAUUUGCGAUCUGCGCUUCCGACUGGAUUUGCCCGAAUCCGACCAAAUCCAAUUGCUGGUCACUGGCAUGGCGAUGGGAUUGAGUGAUGCCAAUAAAGUGAAAUACCGCCGUCGUGGAGCGCCCGCUGUGCAGCAAAAUGGCUUCAACGAUGCAGUAAUGCAGGCGCAAACACAACCUGCAUCCGCUGUACAUGCAGCACAGUCGCAACCCGAGUUGAAUGGCAAACGUAUGCUGCAGGAGGAGGACUACAUAUUCCCGCUGGACGAGGAUCAAGUUGUAGAUACUCCAACGCCCACAAGCACAUCAAUACCGCCCUUUGGCAUGAGCUCAUUUAAGCAACGUAAGACAUCGCCAUCUCGUCUGGGAAAUCUGACGACAGCUUUGCCAUCCGCCAAGUCGCUCAACAUAGCGCCAGUGACGCGCACUCGCUAUUUUCCGCUACGAGAUCGUUAUGGUGUCGACCUAACGCCGCUUAGCUUUAUACCCGGCGGUCGCAUCGAAAAAUAUUUGGGCAAUCUAAACUUUUUCUUCAUCAGAGAGAGCACUUCCAUACGCGAGAAUGGUGGCAUUAGUGGAUUUGUGCAUGGCUUCAUCACUGAGCUGUUGGCUGUGGUGCGUGCUCAUAUUGCUUCGCUGGGUGGCAAUGCCAUGGUCUCUUUCUACAUAACCGAACUGAUAUUGUUCGAUAAUCAGCAUAAAAAUCAAGGUCAGUGUCUGAUUAGCAUCGGUGGCGAUGCGGUUUAUGUGAGCUAUUAUGCCGAUGACUGAUAUACACGUCUACGGGGUAUAUAGCGCUUAUUUUACGCCAAUCGCCCUAAAAGUCUCUACUACUGAAAUCAACUUCCUCUCUUACUUGUUCGCUCUCUCUCCUCUC